AUGAAGCUCCUCAAUAAGCAAAAAGACUUCCCCCGGUUUUUCCUCCAGCUAAAAGAUGCAAAAUGGCGAUGGCUACUGCUUAAAAGGGAAUUCAACUGGAACACAAUUAUUGAUGGAAAGGCAGCCAAAAUUUUCAUCGAAAACUGGUCAGGCGAUUGGAAAGCGAUGCCUCGCUUUAAGUAUAUCACCAAAAAUCGCCACUCUGAGGAUGCUGUGAAAACUUUAAAGAAUAUUCGUCCGAUCUAUCUUGGCCGCAACAAAGCUUGCGAAUGCAAGGGUGCAAUUAAGCGC